CCCAACCUCUCUUCAUGUCCUCCACAAUAUACAACCAUAGGAGCUUGCAGCCUACGGUUCCACCUGCCCAAGGGCCAAACCAGCACAGUCAUGCCAGGCUUAAUGAGGCCGUCGAUACCAUCCGUCAAGAAUUUGAUGUUAUCUCCUCUGACCUCGGCAUUCUUCGCAAUCAACGAGACGAGUAUGAAUCCAAAGUCACUUCACAAAUAAACGAGUUGAACAUCGUUCGCCAGUCACUGUAUGAACUGGAAUCUCAGCAUGGCAAGAUUCGACAGACAUACGAAGAGGAGCUAAGUCGCCUCAGAGGAGAACUUCAUGCACUUCGUCAGGGUGUGCCAGCAGGAGCUCCACAUCCGCCCGUCGGUCCCGCUUCAGUUGGACCUUCUGGUCCACCUGCACCUCCACCUGCAGUCCCUGGUGUACCUCCUGGCCCUGGCUCAUACAACGAGCCUUACUACAGUCGAGAUCGUGAACGUGAACGCGAGCGGGAAAAAGACCGCGAACGUGCUGAUCGUGAACGUGAACGCGAAAUACGUGAUCGACAACGUGAAGAGCGCGACCGAGAUCGCGAACGUCCUCCGGCAGAGGCUCGGGAUUCAAAACGUAUAAAGACUGAGCGUAUGAAGAGUGAUACUCGUCCAGGUAAACCAUUCACUUCAAGUUCCGCACGUUCGCCGCCUCCUCAUGGGUACUAUACCACCUCUUUUUCCCCCCCUUUAUCUGCGACAGAUCAUUAUAGUCCCUCUCUCCAACCCCCGAACGCAAAGCUGCCCCCUGUACCUGGGGCGCCUCCUGCCUUGACUACUUUCCAAGGCCCAGGUCUUCCACCACCACCUGCCGCCCAUGCACCAUAUCCACCUGGACCUGGAAAUCCGUCACCUGCAGGCCCAGCAGAACCAGCAGCAACCAGCUCAAGUUCCCUCGUGCCUAUCAACAAUGCCCAAAGUGGUGGGGGGCAGUUUCCGGAUGACCUCGACCCACACAAUGUUCCGCCCGAACUGAAAAAGGAAGGCAGUGACUGGUUCGCGGUCUUCAAUGGCAAAGUCAAGCGCGUGUUAGAUGUGUCACUGGUGCACACACUCAUGCACGAGAGUGUCGUUUGCUGUGUGCGAUUUUCUGCAGACGGCAAGUACCUGGCCACCGGCUGUAAUCGCACGGCCCAGAUCUAUGACACAAAGACGGGCGUAAAGACCUGCGUCCUUACAGAUGAAUCAGCUGGAAAGGCAGGUGACCUGUAUAUCAGGAGUGUUUGUUUCAGCCCCGAUGGGAAAUAUCUUGCAACGGGCGCUGAAGAUAAGCAAAUCAGAAUAUGGGAUAUCGCCAAGAAACGCAUCCGCAACGUUUUCGACGGACACCAGCAGGAGAUCUACUCACUUGACUUUUCCUUAGAUGGAAGGCUUAUCGUCUCCGGAUCGGGCGAUAAAACUGCCCGUAUCUGGGACAUGGUUGAUGGGUCAUCUAAAGUGCUCACGAUCAAUGACGCCGAUCCUGUGAACAACGAUGCAGGCGUGACCUCCGUCGCUAUCUCACCAAAUGGCCAACUGGUUGCGGCUGGUAGUCUAGACACUGUUGUGCGCAUCUGGGACGUGGGAACGGGCUCCCUCAUCGAGCGCCUACGGGGUCAUAGGGACAGCGUCUACAGCGUUGCGUUUACUCCCGACGGAAAGGGACUAGUGAGCGGCAGCUUAGACAAGACUCUCAAGUACUGGGACGUUAGUGGCCUUCUCGCCAAACGCAAGGAGGCGGCAGCCAAUGGGAAGAAAGAUGAUAAGGGCAGCCAGUGCACCAUGAACUUCUUGGGCCACACGGAUUACGUGCUCUCCGUUGCUGUGUCGCAUGAUGGGCAGUGGGUUGUGUCAGGGUCCAAGGACCGUGGUGUCCAGUUCUGGGACUCGCACACCGCAACGACACAGUGCAUGCUCCAAGGACACAAGAACUCCGUCAUCUCUAUCGAUUUGAGCCCCGCGGGCAGUAUUUUGGCUACGGGCAGUGGUGAUUGGCAGGCGCGGAUUUGGAGCUACACCAACAUCUAAUUCAUACACCAGUGCGGAGUCCACUUUUCAUUCCCGUAGCGCAGCAAUGCACAUUUGCAUUUAUAUGUACUCGAUGCUCUUGUUUUAUUUGUGUUGCACGUGGCCCCUCUGUCCCUGUUUACUUUCCGGUGCUCCCCCGGUGUCCCUUCUGCGGGUUUCUGUGCUUCUGCUGUGAAUGGUUUAUUGGUAUCCGCACCUUGUUACUCUUGUGUAAUGUACUUGUUGCUAGCUCUAUAUCCUGUUGUCUAAUAAUUCAAUCUCUACAAUAAUGAUGUGCAGCUUAUUAUAUAAUAAUUUCCCACAGCCGAU